AUGGCAUAUACCACUCAGGUAUUCAACGUCCACAACCUAUGGUGUUUCGAGCAUAACAAACCCACCAUUCGCCGACGGCGAGGACCGCGUGGUAAUCAACAGCCCCCGGCCAUUUUCUUCAAUGCUAUUGAUAUCAUGAUCUCCACCAUGCUCGCAAUUGGCAAAGCGGCCGCCAACUUCAAGCCUCCUUUCAACACCCAAUCCGAUACAUUCAAUCACCUCUUGAACCAUCUCGGGCUUUUUUAUGAUGGUAUAACCCACUGGACCACCGGGUUCAAAGGUAACAGGACUAUUUAUAGAGAACACCGGCACGGGCCCCGACUGAGGACCAUUGACGCAGCCUUGGAGGAAUUGAGGACGACAAUCCUCGAGGAACAACCAAAUCUGGACCUAGAAAAAAAGGAGUGGAAAAUCGCAACCGUCUCGGCCCUAUGGCUGCUUCUCGACUUGCGUUACGAGAGCAUACAACGACGUCCAACAUAUCUUGGUGAAGAUCGUUUAGAUUGGUUCCAAGGACAAGUGCUCGAGCAGCUGGAGCUAAAACUACCCAAAAAACCGACGCCCAAUUUCACACUAGGCACAGGCCUUCCUGCCACCAUUUUCGUAUGCGCUGUCGAGGAAGGAAUGGUGUGGGGGGAAUGCAAGAUGCAAUGGUACCCGUUCGAUUCUGUCACCAACGAGUUCCGCAAAAUGCGUCUUUGCCGUCUUGGAGGGAAAAAGUGCCGCUUGUUCGACCAAUCGACUAAACUGAAGGCCAUUGAGGAGGCCAGCAGAGGUACCGCCGGGAACCCUGGAGGUCAAACACGCAAGGCCAAUGCAGCAAAUUUCAAGAGACUUCUCACCGAACGCGGGUGGACACCGUUCGACCAUCGACAGGAACCGGGAAUAGCAUACCGUGUGGGUUAUGGAGACGCGGAAAAGAGGUUCAGGCGGCGUGUUCCGUGCCUCAAAUGUUCUCACUUAUUCAACUGGGGUAUCCAGAUUAACGGGCCUUCUGACAAGAAUUUCUUCGAAAUCAUGAACUGCGCCGAAGACGACGUCCACAUGCAGCUAGAACAUCGUCGCCAACAGUCUGGCCAGAAGAGACAAACCACUAACAACACUCCUUCACCCAACAACAAAGAGGGACAAACUAGCUCACCAACAACAGUGACGGACACAUGA